AUGAAUAUUGAAAUACAACUAAUUUAUUGUUAGAUCUUCGUAUAUAAAGAUGAUACUAAAAACAUAAGAUAAUAUUUGAAACUGAGUGCAUAAAUAAAAAGUCCAGAUUAGAACUUGAACAAGAAUUCGUUUCUAGCGAUUGUAGAAUAUUUUUAUUAAUAUAGAUUAAAUGCAGAGAAUCAGUAAGAGAUUUAAUAACAAAGGAUAACUUUACCAAAUAUUCGCAACUUUAAAGUUUGAUUCCUUCAAAAUUUAGAAAAGAGGACAAAAAUCUAUUUAUUUUAACAUGGAAAAUCCCUAUAAGUUAGUAUUUAACAUAAAUACAUUACAAAGAUUAAAAUUUAUGGUUUAAUUCUCAGCAAGAGUUAGAAUUAUUAUAUCAGAAAAAUAAUCAAAUAUUAAGAAAAUAAUAUACUAUUUAAUUCAAUGCCCUGUACGAUUUUGAAUCGUUAUAAAAAAUAAUGAAUGAAAAGGACUUAUUUUUUGAUGAUGAGAAAAAAAAUUUAUCAUAAGAAAUUUAGCAUUAAUUAUUUCUAAAAAGAUCGAAUAACUAUAACAUUCCUAUUACUCUAACAUUAAAUUAAACUGUAUUUAAGUAAAUUGAUGCUAAAAAAAUAGAAAUAAAAUUAUAAAGUUAAAUUUUAGAACAUCCAUUCCCAAAAGUGUAAUAUACUUUGUAUUAAAAAAUUGUCUAUCCCCAAAUAUAAAAAUAAUAUUAUUAAAAACUUACUGAAACUUAAGAAGACUAACAAUUUACAUAAUAAAAUUAAAUUGGAUUAGAUAAUCAUUGCGAAGUUAAUUUAAAAAUUGAUUUGAAUAUUCUUGAAAACAUUAAGCCUUUAUAUUUAGGAUAAAAUGUAGAAUCACAUCAUUUAGUUUUAAUUAAGAUUAUUUUUGAUAAAAAAUAUUGCCUAGAUUUGAGUUAAAGAAUUUUUGAUAUAUUUGUUCCUAUUUAAAUUAUUUCAAGAGUUUCGAAUGUUGCACAAAAUGUAUGUUAAAAUCCUUCAAAGAUAUAAAACAAUAAGAUAAAAAUAUAAGACAAUACCAUAUAAGUAGAUUUUUGGCCUCAAUUUUGCAAAUAGUGCGAAAAUUAUUUAAAAGUGGAAAUUUUAAAUGAAUAAAAAUUAAUAAUCAAAAGUUUGGCAUGA